CACAUACGCUCCGUUACGUCUCAACACCGCGCCAAACUCCCUUUCUGGUUGGCAGUUGAAAUGUCAGUUUAGGUAGCAUUAGCAGACAAGAUGCGCUUGUUUCUGCGUGAACUUUACUGAAUGGUCAGUGAACAGAAACACCCAGACAUCGCGUAAAUUGAACCAAAGAAAUCAAAGCAAAGACUCGUGUUUUUUCAAAAACAUGGGGGCACUGAUAUCUCGAUGGAAGGCAAAGCCAACAACAGUUGAGCAGCUGGAGAACCUGGACAAGGAGAUUAAAGAGCUGGAAGAGUUUAAAACUAAAAACCAGCGUCUGCAAAAGCUAUGGGUUGGCCGGUUGCUACUUUACUCAUCUGCCCUUUACCUGUUGACCUCCCUGAUCGUCUACUGUCUUUACCUCCCCGAGCACUGGUGGCAGAGAAUAGCCAUGGCCCUGCCUUUCUUCAUAUACCCUGUGCUGGUGUGGUUCAUCAGAAAGUUAUUGAUUUUCCUCUUCUCCAAACGCACUGAGAGAAACAGUGAAAAACUCGAAGAUUUAAAGGCUGCCAAAAAAAAGAUUCUUGAGGAGGUGAUGGAGACAGAAACGUACAAAAAUGCCAAGCUCAUCCUGGAACGUUUUGAUCCUGAGGCUAAGAAGAAAGCUGAACUUGAGUCAACUCCAGUGCGUUCUCCGAUGACUCCCAGACCAGGACAAGAGAUUCGGCAGAGAGGGGUGCCAAUGAGACCGAUGCCAAUGGGCACCCCACAUGCAAUGGUCAUGACUCCUACACUGGGAGCACGUCCCCUGCUGGGACCAGCAGGCACACCUGUGGAACAUGUUCCUCUCUCAGCUCCAGGAGGUCCACCAGACAGAUCUGCUCUGUCUGCUUCGGUCCUACAGGGCGCAGUACCUAGGACUCCCUCCUCCCCAAUGCAAGGUAUGCACCCUCCAGGUCCUCCGUUAGCUAGACCCAUCUUGCCCAAAGACAGGGGAGCUCUGGACAGAGUCAUCGAGUAUCUGGUAGGGGAUGGACCACAGAACAGAUACGCGCUGAUCUGCCAGCAGUGUUUUUCUCAUAAUGGCAUGGCUCUGAAAGAAGAGUUUGAAUAUCUAGCAUUUCGUUGCGCGUAUUGCUACUUUAUGAAUCCAGCUAGGAAGACUCGUCCUCAGGCCCCCCGACUUCCAGAGUUCAGCUUUGAAAAGAGGCUGCGGGCUGAAUCACGUUCACCUGGGCCAUCACCACGUUCUGGAACAGAUACAGAGGAGAGCGCGCCACCUUCUGGAGCAAAAGCUCCAGCUCCGUGGAAUUUGGUCCACAGUUUCCAGAUCCAACAAAGACCAGAGACUCGACCUCUGCGGAGUCCAGAUGAGAAGGAGAUGGGAGAUUGCGAAGGAAUCACUAAAGAAGUAGAGAGCGAGAGCCCAUUAGAGGAGCAGGAUCAGCUGCAGCAGAAGGAGGAAGAGAAAGGAGAAGAAGAAGAAGAAGAAAUGGUUCAGGAAGAGGUGGCUGAGGAGGAACCGGGACAGUCGCAGCAGCCCCUGUGAGACAGGAGCUCAGCCAUCAUAGUUUCUAAGAGGCCAGAAAAGGUCCAGAGAAAUGUGAUUGUUCUGUCCAGGCAGAAGGUGAUGGUAAUGGCCGGAAUAGUUAUUGGUAUUGAAAAGCAGCAUUGAUGGACAAGGAUUACCAUCAUGAUUAUUUAUAUUUAUUAGUGAAAUUGUCCAACAGUAUUGCCAAAAAUGAUGCCAACAUAUCUUGGUCAUGAAUUUGAUGCGAUGACUGGGAAGGAGUCAGAUUGAGGGUUGUAGUUUGAAUUUUGAGGCUAUUUCUCUGUGGUGUAGUUGGUUGAUUGGUGAUAUUGCUCUGUAGGUGCACUAACUUCAAGUAACGAUUUACACUCUAAGGUCCUUUUAGGGUUAAUGUAGUUGGAUGCUGUAUGGUUUUGAUAAGAAAAAGCGUUUUAGAUAGAACUGCUGGUUCACACAUUGUUUGUUCUCAGAUGAAAUGACGUUACAAAGAGGACUGCCGCUGUUUAAAAUGACUACCUGAAGUGGGUGAGAAUGUCAGAUAGUUGUAGCAAAAGGUCAACACAAACACUCCUUAUCCAGUGUGGGAAACACUGGAUUUUCCUACACUAUCCAAACACUGACAUGCAUAACACAUGAAGUCCAUCUCAGGAUAAACCUGUUGUGAAUCAGGACAGCUUCUGUUGUGUUUACAGUAUGUGCAUACAAGUAUGCUGUUAGGUUUCAGGCUGCUGCUGUGGCUUUUUCAUCUUCCAUUUUAAGUCCCUGAUCCAAUAUUUUAGGCUAACAAUAGAAACAUUUAUCUCUUUGGAUACCUUCUGUUGUAGUCAUGUUUAGCCAACGCUGAUGCAUGUAUGCUUUUAUUCCCAUACAUUUUAAUGCUUUUUGUUUCUCUUUUGUUUUCAUUAUAUUACGGCAUCUUUGUCCCAGACUGCCAAUGAUGAGAUAUGAGCAGUUAGUUGCACUUCUAUUGGAAGCAAAAGUACUGAAACUGAAUGCUGAAUGAGAGGAGUAAACCAGUGUGGCUUAUGUUGCAUCAAGGAAAGAAAGGAUGCAGAAACAAUUAGCUGUAGUCUGUUCACUGAAAGGGGGAAAAAGAUUCAUUCUCACUUCUUUUUCUUUCUUUUUUUUUAAGAGGCUGAGAGAAUGAAUUUAAAUAAUGUUUAACUUCAACUGUUACGCUAAUGAAUCUGUGCUCUACCAAUUGGUAUGGUAUUUACCACUUUUCUGAUGCUGAUGGAAAUGGCUAACAUGACUCAUUACUCUUAUUUCCUUUAUAAUCUGCAUGUGUGUGUGUGUGUGUGUGUGUGUGUGUGUGUGUUCUCUCAUUUUGUGGCUGGAUUGAAAUAAACUGGCCAUCAAAUCUGGAAAAUUAGAUUUAUCAGAGGAAACAUGUUGACUCUAUUUUUCCUUGCCAUCUUUUAGCAGAAUACAUUUAAACUAAGCUCUUACUUUGAAUCGAUGUCUGCAAGAUAUUACCUGUCAAAAACUGUUAUUAGCUUAGUUAUAACAUUAGUAUUUAUUAGCUGGUAACAAUGAAAAAAUUGCUGAAUAAACUUCUGUAUACUUUGCAAGCAGAAGAAACAAACGACUUUGAGCUUAAACUGCCAGUUUAUCUGUAUGUGGUCAUUGCCGAUCGUUCUACUCAGUCAGGAUUAUAAUUUGCCAAAUCCAUUGUUUUUUUUGUCUGUACUUCACGUCGUCAUUUGCACUGAGUUCUAUUUUUAUUUUAUUUAUUUGGCUAUACAGUGUUUUAAUUUGUAAAUCAGACAUUUUUAAAAAUGUACUCAUUUAACCUUUUAUUGCCAUUGUGUUCACAGCUAUUUAAGUGUAUUCCUUGAUUCUGUUUCGGUAAACAUUAGGUCAUAAAAUAUUGAAAGAGUUUACGUCUCGGUGCUUACGUUCAUUUGAAAUGUUCACAGUAGGAACCUGGUGCCAUUAAGUCCUAGCUGUAGCUGAAGGGAUGGGAAUUCAUUCUUCAUUUGGAAUGUUGUGUUAUUAGGUGGAACCAGGAGAAAUGGUGAGUGUCUAUGCAAAUGUAAACGUCCUGUAUCGCCUGUGUUGCACAGCUUGGGUCCCAGAGACACACCCUGAUGAAGUGGGGAAAA